AUGUUAUCAAGUUUCUUCAAAACGUGUAGAGAAUUUGUAAUGUUUCCUCUUAAAUCACUCUGGAGAAAAUGCAGUAUAGCUUUUAUUUUUAACUUAGAAUGCAUAUUGCACUGUUUUCUUUUCCUGCUAGUGUUUGGAAGAGCAAUACAUGCCAUAGCACGUAUAAGCGAUGAAUUUUGGUUUGACCCCGUAGAAAAAGGUCUUGCCUUAAGAUCAGUGAAUUCUUCAAGGUCAGCAUAUGCAUAUGUCUUCUUCUCAUCGAUGUUUUUUCAACAUUACCGCUGGACAACUGUGUCUCAACCAUGUCAGAAGGAAAAACAGUUAUCCCUGCCAUGUAAAUUGAUAAUUAAGUCAGUUCUUCCUGUAUUUAGAUAUGUAAAUGUCCUGGAAAGGAAUGUAGAGAAAUGCAGCAUUUAUACAAAUAUUAAUGAUCAUCACAUAACUUUUCAGCUCCUCUGUAAACAUGGUGUUGUAAAAACAUAUAAUCUGACGUUUCAAGAAUGCGAUCCGCUGCAGGCUGUCUUUGCAAAGCACAUGUGUCCAAACAUCCUUAAAGUUCACUCCAGGCUGCUGGCUGAUAUAAUGAUUCACUUCCCAACCAGUCAAGAAGAAGUGACCUUAUCAGUUACUCCACUGAAGGUUUGUUUCAAGAGUUACACUGAGGAAGACACUGAUUUUUCAAAGACAAUGCUUACUGAAAUACGACUAAAUCCGGAGGAAUUUGACUACUUUCAAGUUGGAGUAGAUUCUGAAGUGACCUUUUGCCUUAAGGAAUUGAGGGGACUGCUCGCCUUCUCAGAAGCCACCAGUGUUCCCAUCUCAGUCCAUUUUGACAUCUCUGGAAAGCCAAUUGCUUUCAGCAUUGAGGACAUGGCCCUGGAAGCCAGCUUUAUUUUGGCUACUUUGUGCGACAUCGAAAAGGAGCCGGCCUCCCCGCAGCCUCCCGGCUUGUCCCAGCGGCAGGAAAGUUUGAAGGCACGUGGGGGUAAACCUGAGAGAACCUCUGUGGACAGAGACAGCGACGCCGACACAGUUGCUUCCAAAAAGCCACAGUGGGAUGGAAAUGCCCCCAACGCGGAGCCGGCGAAACCUGCAAACCGUUGGGUGAAACAAGAGAUGCCAAAUAUUCCCAGAGCCACAAGGAGAGAGGUGCCAAGUGCAGGAGGAACAGCCCUGCCCGAGGCAGAGGACCAUGCAAUGGGGGAAGGAGAGGCAGAAGAGUCCCAUUCCCAGAAGUUUCAUUCCUUGUUUUUCGGAGCGGUUUCCUGCACGGAGAGGGGUGCCAUCAGUCACACCCUCCGUAGUUUGGCCACAGCCAGUGACACGGAGGAGGAGGCUGGCAGCACACGGAGCUCCCAGCUGCUCUAGGGACAGACAGACCUGAACCCAAGCGACGGCCAUCGGGGGCUGCCCUGAGAGAUAGAAGUGUAUUUGAGAGGGUGGUUGUGGUGCUGGUUCUAGGCUUGGAAAGAAGUUUAAAUCGCGGUUCUCCAGCAAGUCAGGACUCGAUGGAAACCUCACCAGGGAAUUCAAACCGCGUUAUAUCACUUCAGGCUAAUUAAGCUGCCUUAAUUUGAAGUUGAAAGUGUUGGAAAAUAAGCCCAGCCAAACGCUCAGCGUUGGUGUUUUUACUGCAGCUUCGUAGAACCGGCGUUUUACUGAAGAAACAGAGUUGUCAUAGAAAUGUG